AUGCCUAAUUUGAUAAAUGCAGAGCUUGGAGCUAGUUUAUCUCGAAAUAAACUUUACUAUAACAGAUAUAGAUUCUACAUUUAUACUAGUUUUGGAUUUGUGCCAAAGAGUAUUUUACUUCUAGCUAAACUCAAACUGUUAACCUUGACUAUGGAAAAACAGAAGCUUAACAACUAA